GCCAGAGCAGUUCUCUCAGGGGGAAGAGGCUGCCUGGAGGCGGAGACAGGACCCAGGGCCGCCAGCACCAGAGGGUCUGCGAGGAGCAUGGCGGGCAGCCCCGAGGUGGUGGCCAUGGACUGCGAGAUGGUGGGGCUGGGGCCCCUGCGGGAGAGCGGCCUGGCACGCUGCAGCCUGGUGAGCCUGCAGGGCACCGUGCUCUACGACAAGUUCAUCCUGCCCGAGGGGGAGAUCACCGACUACAGAACCCGGGUCAGCGGGGUCACGCCUCAGCACAUGGCCACGGCCACCCCGUUUGCCCAGGCCAGGCGAGAGAUUCUGCAGCUGCUCAGAGGCAAGCUGGUUGUGGGCCACGACCUGAAGCACGACUUCCAGGCUCUGCGGGAGGACAUGGAGGCCUACACCAUCUACGACACGGCCACCGACAGGCUGCUGUGGCGCGAGGCCAGACUGGGCUCGUGCAGGCGAGUGUCCCUGCGGGUGCUGUGUGAGCGCCUCCUCCACAGGAACAUCCAGAACACUGGUCUGGGCCACAGCUCGGUGGAAGACGCGAGGGCCACCAUGGAGCUCUUCCGAGUGUCCCAGCGGAUCCGGGCCAGCCGGGGGCUGCCCUGCCUGCCUGUGUCCAACUGAGGCUCGUCCAGCCUCCAUCCUGGCCACGGAUGCCCCGUGCUUUUGGAAAGUGCAUCUUCAGCAGUAAAACGACUCCC